UUCACAUCUCUAGAGGUAGGGGAUGGCAUCGUAACAAAUAAAAAAAGGACCAAAAUAAGAUAAAUUGAUAACAAAAAGGACCAAAUGCACCAUUAAAUCUAUAAAAGCAAACUAGAACCUUAAACCCGAGCACCACAAAGGCAACAGCCCAAAACACCUAUAUAUACUUUUACAGGCAACCAGCACCAAAACCCACCUCUACCACCAUGAACAACCUCCCCCGCAUCCAUUACUUUCUUCUUCUCGCCACACUACUCACUCAACUACCCUUGUUUCAGUCAAGCUACCAUGAGUACCAAGAAGCAUUAUCAAAAUCCAUUCUUUUCUUCGAGGGUCAAAGGUCAGGCUACUUGCCACAAGACCAGCGUGUAACUUGGCGUGCUAACUCAGGGCUAAGUGAUGGAUGGACAUACAACACAGAACUGACCGGUGGCUACUAUGAUGCCGGGGAUAAUGUCAAGUUUGGCUUCCCCAUGGCAUUUACAACUACAAUGUUGUCUUGGAGUGUGAUUGAAUUUGGAGAUUUAAUGCCUCCAAAUGAAUUGAGAAAUAGCUUAGUCGCCAUUCGCUGGGCCACUGAUUAUCUGCUCAAGACAGUUUCUCAGCCUAACCGGAUUUUUGUUCAGGUGGGAGAUCCACAUGCAGACCAUAAUUGUUGGGAAAGACCGGAAGACAUGGAUACUCCUAGGACUGUCUAUGCCGUGGAUGCACCAAACCCGGCAUCUGAUGUUGCCGGCGAGACUGCGGCAGCUCUGGCAGCCUCGUCUAUGGCAUUUCGAUCGUCGGACCCAGGUUAUGCAGAAACAUUGUUAAGAAAUGCCAUUAAGGCCUUCCAAUUUGCUGACAGUUAUAGAGGAGCUUACAGUGACAACUCCAAUAUAAGAGAUGGUGCAUGCCCGUUCUAUUGUGAUUUUGAUGGUUAUCAAGAUGAGUUGCUAUGGGGAGCAGCCUGGCUUAGAAGGGCAUCUUCUGAUGACACUUACCUUAGUUACUUGCAAAAUAAUGGCAAGACCCUUGGUGCUGAUGACAACAUUAAUGAGUUUGGCUGGGACAACAAGCAUGCUGGUCUUAAUGUUCUUGUCUCCAAGGAAGUUCUAGAAGGAAACAUGUACUCUCUCCAAUCGUACAAAGCAUCGGCCGAUAGCUUCAUGUGCACCCUUAUACCUGAAUCAUCAUCCUCGCACAUAGAAUACAGUCCUGGUGGCCUCAUCUACAAGCCAGGAGGGAGCAACCUGCAGCAUGCAACAACAAUUUCGUUCUUGCUAGUUGCUUAUGCAAAUUACCUCGAACGAACAUCUCAAGCGGUCAACUGUGGAAAUGUAAAUGUCGGUCCAUAUUCGCUUCGUCAACAAGCGAAGAGGCAAGUUGAUUACAUUUUAGGUGAUAACCCUAUGGGGUUAUCAUAUAUGGUCGGAUAUAGUGAUCAUUAUCCUCAACGGAUUCAUCACCGUGGCUCGUCGUUGCCGUCGGUUAAGGAUCACCCUGAAUUUAUAGCUUGCAAAGAGGGUUCAGUCUACUUUAAUUCAUCAAAUCCUAACCCUAAUGUUCAUGUUGGGGCCAUUGUGGGGGGACCUAGUCAAGAUGAUUCGUAUGAUGAUAAUCGAGAUGAUUUUAGAAAGUCCGAGCCAACGACUUAUAUUAAUGCGCCAUUUGUUGGCGUGCUCGCUUAUUUUGCAGCAAAUCCCAAUUUUAGUUGAGACAGCCAAGACUCAACUCGGUACAUAAGCCAAUGCUUAUUGGCGUUGGAAAGUAGGAAGAAUGUCUCUCAUCUUGGCGAAAGCAGCAAGAGUGUAGAGGCUUGUUAGUUGCCGAAUUUAAGACAUUGGAUCACAAAAAGCUCAUUGAGAAUUUCUAGAAAGUAAGGAUGGGAAGAUGAUCUCGAGAUGCAAAAUCCCAUUGUGGCUACAAUUGAUCUGAAAAGAGGAAAUCAAAUUUUCAACUUCUUAUUACUAGACU